AUGAAGAUUCAUUGUAACGUGUGUGAGUCGGCCGAGGCCGGUGUCCUCUGCUGUGCUGACGAGGCGGCGCUGUGCUGGGCCUGCGAUCGGAGGGUUCACGCCGCCAAUAAGCUCGCCAUUAAGCACCAAAGGGUCCCUUUGUCUGACUCGUCUACGCCGAAACCCAAGCCGAUAGCGGGAAGCAAGGGACUCGGAUUGCUCCUCUCCGAUGGAGAUUUCGAGGCCCAAGACUCGAAUUGGGCCGUACAUGAAGUUCCCUCACCACCAACAUUAUCUGGGCUCCUCUUGGCCCGUAAAGUCCAAGACCCGUUUGACUCAUCGUUAUUCGUGCCCGAAAUAGAUUCUCUGCCUCUGCUGAACUUCCAUUGUCGUCUCACGGGAGGUGAUGGCACUAAUUAUUGCAGAAGGCGU